AUGCUACGCAAAAUCUUGCUCGUGGGCUCUCUACUUGCUUUUAGCAAUGCAGCGAGCAUCAAAGAACAGGGCAGUCAAUUGAGUGAAGCUGUCUGUGUGGGCUGUCAAAAAGCAUGCGCCCAACUGUCCACCACCUUCGGAUCUGAUUUCCACUACCCCGACAACGAUCAAAACUUCACCAUUUGGGAUGCUAAGCAGAAUGAGGUUCGCCCGGCUUGUCGUGUUGAGACCUCUAGUGCAAGUGAUGUGUCACGCGUCCUGAAAAUCCUCGUUGAGCACUGGUGCAACUUUGCCGUCAAGGGGGGUGGCCAUUCAAGACAUCGCGAUGACUCGAACUCUGUGGCCGGUGUCACAAUUGACCUGGACCGCAUGAAUACCGUCGAGGUCUCGACAAAUGGCAACACAGCGCGCAUAGGUGGCGGUGCAACUACUGCGAAAGUGUACUGUGAUCUAGAUUCCCACGGUCUCUCCUUUGUCGGCGGACGAGUUGGCGGCGUCGGAGUCGGUGGAUUUACUCUGGGAGGAGGAACGUCGCCUUUCUCCAACAAGUACGGCUUGGCUCUUGAUAAUGUCUUCGAGUACGAAGUACGUCCUGUCUUCACUGCUGCGACAAGCUAUGCCGACAAUCAAACCGAGCAAGUCCUCGACCAAGUCUACGAUCUUUGGGCUGGUGACCUUGCAAGUGAUGUUGACAUGGCAUACGACAUGUACUAUGGCUACAGUGCCGAAACCGACCAAUUCUCAUUGAGAGGCAACCAGCGCUAUGCAAAGCCGAUUAUGAACCCGCCUGUUUUCAGCAGGAUUGACGAGAUCCCCACGUUGACAAGGUCUCCUGGAAUUGCCACAUUGGGCAAUAUGACGGGUAGCCCUGAGCCUAUGGGUGUUACUAGAAACUUGUUCGCUACGCUCAGCGUGCGGCCGUCCCGCCCCUUUCUCACAGAAGCUCUCCGUAUCUUCAGCGAGGAAGCGAGAAAGAUCAAGUCUGUUGAAGGCCUUACUCCAAACUUCAUUUGCUAUCCCAUUCAGAAGAAUGCCAUCACUGCUAUGAAGCAGAGAGGUGGUAAUGCUCUGGGCAUUGAUACAGAUGGACCUCUUUUCCUUAUACUACUUUCCACGGCUUGGAACGAUGCCAGUGGCGAUGCUGCUGUCAACAGAAUGACAGAAAAUACUGCCCGAAGGGUCAAUGCAGUUGCUGAGAAACUGGGGGUUGCAGACCGAUACCGUUAUAUCAACUAUGCGUCGAAGGCACAGACCGAUGAGGUUUUCCCUGGAUAUGGCGAAGAGAAUAUGCAAAGAUUGAAGCAAAUCCAAAAGGCAGUAGACCCUAAGGGUAUCUUUACCUCCAAGGGUCUGUGGAGGGGCUUUAGGAAGUUGCUCUAA